AUGAAUGAGGAGUGCAGAAACAAGGAUGUCAACGGAUUUGUUGACCAGGGCGGAAGCAAAACAGACAGUGACAACCAUAUUCACAGCGAAAGAGCAUCCCUUGAAGCUCAUCAAUUCCCCGAAGGCGGGUUCCGGGCCUGGCUAGUAGUCUCGGGGUCAGCUGCCACCAUGUUCUCUACGUUUGGAUAUCUCACCGGAUUCGGAAUUUACCAGCAGUGGUAUGGCGAAAACCAACUCAAAUCUUACACCCAGUCAGAUAUCUCGUGGAUUGGGUCGGUCCAAAUCUUCCUAACAUUCUCAGGAGGCCUGGUAGGAGGGCCAAUACUGGACCGCUACGGCAGCGUCGCUUUGCUUCCAGUCUCCAUAAUCUACGUCGUCUCCCUCGUCUUAACGAGCUUUUGCAAGGAAUACUAUCAAUUCUUCCUAGCCCAAGCUGUGCUAGGGGGCAUCUGCCUUGGUUUCCUCUUCAGCAACGCCUUGACAAUCAUCGGACACUACUUUGAUAAACGCUACGGUCUUGCUUCUGGUAUUGUUAUGGCCGGGGCUGCCCUUGGCGGAGUAGUAUUUCCUGUCGCGCUCAACAGGUUGCUCAACGACGUCGGCCUCAGUUUCGGAUGGUCCGUUCGAAUAUGUGCUCUAGUAGUUCUCGUACUUUUGACCUACGCAAACCUCACCAUGAAGCCGCGCCUUCCUCCCACCAAGCAAAAUAUGGACCUCUCCUUGAUGAAACGGCCGAUUUACAUCCUCGUUGCUAUAGGUGGUUGGUUGUUCAAUUGGGGAUUGUACAUUCCUUUGUUCUAUCUGCCUAGCUUUGCGACCACGGCUGGCCUCAGUGCAAAGCUUGCGCCGCACACUGUGGCCAUAUUCAAUGCGGUGUCAAUCUUCGGGAGAGUAAUCGCGGGAGCACUGGCCGACAGGAUGGGCUGUUUCAACGUCGUGGUCAUUAAUGGACUUCUUUGCGCCAUUACCUUGUUCGUCUGGGCUGGCACACAAACAGCCGCUGGCGUUCUUGCGGUGACUGUUUUUGAAGGCCUCUUCAUCGGCAGUAUUGUGUCCUUGCAGGCGGCUGUCAUCACAGUUGUCACCCCUGAUCCUAAAAACCUCGGUUCAAUGAUUGGGUUUACGAUGGCUAUCUGGGCUUGUGGUGGAUUGACUGGGCCUCCAAUCGCCGGGGCUAUUCUGAGCGGCUUCGAUGGCCCUGGAAGCUACAGUGGUCCCGGGUAUUUCGGUGGCGCGUCUCUCGUAGCUGGUUCCGCAUUUUUCUUCGCUUCCCGUCUAAUUACAGAGAAGAGGUUGCUUGCAAAGGUUUGA